CCCUGCGACCAAUGAACCGUCCCGUCAUACCUCGCGUGGCCAACGGCUCUCUCCACCGAGUGCUCGCUCAUUGAAUUGCCGUACUCAGCCUGCUCGGCUCAGUUUAGUGACAUUAUUCGGAGUAAACCAGGUCGGAGUAGCACAGUAAACGCCUGUUUAUCCCACGCACACUUCCCCGGCCUUCUGUUAGUCCGACCGCGGCGUUGGGGCUUGCUUUGCUGGGCUCGCGGGCUGGGUUUGCACGGGGAGGACAGUGGGAAGUAACGCUGCGGCGCUGGUCCCGAGUGAUGAUGGAGCUAGAGUCGGCCAGUAGAGGCGAGCUGGGAGCUGUGGGGGACGCGCUGCAGCCACAGACUCCCAGCAGGCACGAGAAGAGCCUCGGACUGCUCACGACCAAGUUUGUGACUUUACUACAGGAGGCGAAGGACGGAGUGCUGGAUCUGAAAGCGGCCGCAGACACCUUGGCGGUGCGCCAGAAACGACGAAUCUAUGAUAUCACUAAUGUGUUGGAGGGAAUUGGACUGAUUGAGAAGAAGUCCAAGAACAGCAUCCAAUGGAAGGGUGUAGGUCCAGGAUGUAACACCAGAGAGAUAGCCGAUAAGCUGAUUGAUCUAAAGGCCGAGCUAGAUGACCUGGCUCUCAGGGAAAACGAGCUGGACCAGCAGAGAGUCUGGGUCCAACAGAGCAUCAAGAAUGUUACAGACGACUCAAACAACAGCCCUAUGGCAUAUAUCAGACAUGAAGACCUCUGUGGAGCUUUCAAAGGUGACACUCUCCUAGCAAUCCGUGCUCCCAUUGGCACGCAACUAGAGGUCCCCAUACCUGAAGCUGUCCUGAACGGACAGAGGAAAUACCAGAUCCGUCUCAAGAGUUCAUCUGGUCCCAUCGAGGUUUUGCUGGUCAAUAAGGACCCGUCCAGUGCCUCUCCUGUUGUUUUACCCGUCCCUCCUCCAGAUGACAUCCUUCAGAGUCUCCCAGCACCGACGCCUACCUCUCAGCCGCCCACUGCUGCCACACAGGUCUCUAAAGCAGCUCCUGUAAUGUCUACAAAACCUGUUCCUGCCACAACAACAGCUGUAGCAGCAAACCCAACAGCCUCAGUGACAGAAGUGCCGAGCACCACGCAGCUCACCCCAACCACAGAUACACCUGCUACAGUUACUCAGCAACUGCAGUCCUCUGCCUCGUUGGACGGAUCUGCGUCCUCUUCUGCCUCUGCAGUAUUUGAACCAAUUAAGUCGGAUCCGUCUGAAUUGCUGGACUUUCCCAAAGAGCUCUCUGACAUGUUUGAUCCAACAAAAGAGAUCAUCAGUGGAGACCUUUUGGAGGACUUGAUGUCCUCAGAAGUGUUCUCGCCGCUCCUCCGUCUGUCCCCCCCACCCAGCGACCACGACUACAUAUACAACCUGGAUGAGACAGAGGGCCUUUGCGACCUCUUCGACGUGCCCAUCCUCAAUCUCUGACCCCUGAGAUUGAUGUGAGUGGGAACUGGUUCCCCAAACAUGCGGUAUUCAUUUUCUCCCAAGUGUUCCCCCUCACUGACAGUGAAGGUCAGAGGAGAUGCGGGAAAGCCAAUAUGAUCUGAUGAGCGUUUAAGGACACCUCUGCACUGACACUGAGCUCAGUCAGACAGUUGCUCGAUGUACAGCCCUGUGAAGAAAUACUGGCGAGAACAAAACAUUUUACUUACUGCUUUUCCAAGGAAAUAGUCAAAACAAAUGACAAAUAAUUAUAUUUUUAGAUUGCUAUGUUUGAUAAAGUGUUAUGUUUGUGUAUCAGCUUUCCCGUCUGCUUGUGAGUGAAUGUGAGUAGGCAUUCUUGUAUGCCAGUGUGCUUGUGCGUCUGUGCGUGCGUGUGCGUGUGUGUGUGUGUGUGCGUGCGCGUGUGUGUGUGCGCGCGUGCGCGCCUGAGUUUUAUACCGAAUCCUCUCUUAACUUGAGUCAGAUGUCUCCAGGGGGAAAAAUUGAGAAACCCUUUUCCUAUCAGGUAAAGAGUCAUGGCAGCCUAACAGAGCACAGCCUUCGUCACCUGGCAGCUGCUCAUACAUGGCUGGAAUGAGUCCAAACACAGCUGGUUAAAUAUGCACUGUCCUCAUGUACAUAGAGAAUAUAUAUUUUGUAUUACCAGCACACAAGGCUAUUGUGUAAUUAUGAACUACAUUUGUAACAAAGCCAGAUCAAUAGUUGACAAAUAAACACAGUUUCCAGACUCAAAUAAGCAUACUGUAUGUAUGAAGUGCUUUGUUUUGAAUCAUGGGGAACUUGCCUCAAUCAAACCCUUCAGUGUUGGAAGUGUUUUUGCAAAUCAUUUAGAGAAAGAGGAUCCUAAUGGUAAGAUACUAAAGCCAAUAAACUUCGUGACACAAUGAGCCAUGGACCAAAACAAGGGGUUGGGAGAAAAAUUUUGAAUUCUACCUUUUACAUCAACACCCUCUAAGUCAAUACAGUGUCUCUGGCAUGUCCACACUGAGAGGUUUGAUUAAAAGAUACUGGCUUGCUUUCAGUUUUAUUUUGUCUCUGGACUUUUGAACCUUGCAUAUUUUUUAUAUGCUCUGAUUAUUAUACAACUUAACUGGAGUACAGCAGAAGAAUAGCUCCCACCCCUCUACAAAAUGACUUCUGUGGCUUUUAUCUUUUAAUUAUGUAUGUAUAUGAUUACCACUGUACUCAGUUCAUGUUUAUGGAAAGGGAUUUUAUGUAUUUUUACUGCGUGAAUAUAGUCACGAUGUCAUGGACAACGCUGCUGUUCUUGCUUGUUUGUAUAUUUGGUAAAGAUCCCUGUUCAGUAGUUAUUUCCAAGUUCUUUCUGUUUCUCGUAAAUGAAAUACUGCCUGUCACUCUGACUCUAAAUUCAAUUUUUCAACUAAUCAUUCUCCGUUUGCAGGGGACAGGUGUGUAGCAGUUCAGGAUUGUUACUAGUCAAACUGUUAAAGUACAAUAUCAACAUUAUUCAUAUUUCUACUGUUUCUUUAUUUUGAGUAAUAAUGUCCUGUUCUGCCCCGGAUGAAGUGUAUGUAUGUACAGUAUGUACUGUUUAUAUCCAUCUCUACCGCUUGUAUAGGAUAGCCUUUAUUUUUAUACCUGAUAUAUUAUUACUGCUACUUAUUUGGGGCUACACUGUGGAAUUCAUCCACAAAACCUUCUGCAUUGUCAAAGCAUCCUGUCUCAUUGUUGCACUUUACAUCACUGUGGACUGAUUGGUCGUUUCUCCUCCACUCCCAAUCAGUAACAAGUCAUCGUGUUCGGACAGUGUUGUGAGUUUCUUCAGUAGAGUAGCCAGGCAGUACUGGUUUGAAUGAAUCGUGCCUGUGUGUGAUGGCAUGAGAGACUCAAUGCUACAGACUGUUCUUAACAGAUUCACUAUCGCUAAGCUAUAGUUGCAUCAAAUGAAACAAAAUAAAA